AUGCUCUCGGAUAAAGACAAUGCUCAAGGUGAGCAUCCAAUUCGUGUUCUGAAGACCGGCACUAAAGAUCGCCAAGGUACAGAUGAUCAAAAUACAGGAGAGCGGGAGGGACUGAGUGCUGGCCACAUUCAAUGCUCAGUGUGCAGCAGCACCUUCCGUCGACCAGAGCAUCUAAAACGACAUCUUCGGAGUCACACGAAGGAGAAGCCAUUUGAGUGCACCCAGUGCGGCCGCCAUUUCUCCAGAACCGAUACUCUUCAUCGGCAUGAACUUACUCACCAUGCACCAGAAAAUGAAGGCGGCAAAGAACGGACUCACCGAAUCACAGUCAAAACGUUCCGGGCUUGUUUCAGUUGCGCAACAGCGAGAGUCCGAUGUAGUGGCGGUAUGCCAUGCGGGCGGUGCGACGCUCGUUCGCUUGAAUGCCAGUACCCCACUAAACGGCGGUCCAAAGCGAAAGCUACGAGAGAUUCAAACAUGCAAGAUACUGACCCGCAAAAUGACAACGUCAAGGCCAUGCACCUAGACUCAAAUCCAGCCGCUCAUCUAGGCCAGUUUGCUGCACACCCUACAAAUGAGCCGGUAUCAACAUCCAAAACGUCGCUUAACGUGUCAUCUACUUCUAGUAGUGGUCAAAUAAAGCCAAUAUCGGAAAAUGCACAUAUCAUCCCAGACAAUUCGACUCCUGGUCUAUAUAUCGCGAAUGAGACACAACGCCCAUCGGCAGCACAAAUACCGCUGGAGGUGUACUCGGAAGAAACCAAUCAGACAUAUGAUACCUCGAAUGCUGGUACAUCCAAAGAGUUUGCGGUUCGUUCAUCCGACAAUUUAGACUCUCAAAUCAGGGAUCUCCAGCCAGAAAUGACAUUGGUCGAAAAUCCGGAGGUGUCGUUGGAGUUUGAUCCCACGUUAUUCGACCAAUCGAUCCUCUCCACUAUCAAUUGGCUCCCUAGCGAGUUGCUUUCCGGUACUUAUGGUCAGGCCCCACAGUCUACGAGUGUUUCUUCGCAGUACAACCAGUCUCUCAGCCCAGACGCCUAUUUCUCUCGACCAGCGUGGCAACCGCCAGUCAUCAAUGCUGGGCAAAUUAGCCCUUCGCGUGCAGAGCAGGUCUCCCAGACACCUUCUGUGCAUAUUUCCUUGGGACGUAACGUGGAAAGCCCCAAUCAAUCUUCCCACGUUAUGAAUGAUCUUUCUCCUCAUGCUGAAUCAGUGAAUUCUUCCAAGCGAUCAGCGGAUUACUACAUCGAUGGUGCCGGAGCAAGACUGCCAAAAUAUAGGAAGAAACUUACUCCUUGGUCCCGUUCGUCUGCAGAGCCAGUUGAUAUUGGCAAACAACUGCUUGUCGAAGACGGUGAACGACAGUUCAACUUUCCUAGGAUCUCUGAAGUUCAGAUAGACCACGUGUCGGAAGAUGUAAUGCGCUUCGCCCAGCAGAUUGAACUCUCGACGUACGAUGAGCUAUAUCGAAAUUUUACUCAACUAUGUCGCAACAAAAAUCCAUUUUUUGAGGCAUUCGACUCUGAGAAUUUUCCUACCGCAGACGAAUGCAACCGGUUCAUCAUGUUCUUCUUCGACGCAUUCCAGGUCGUUUACCCGAUAUUGCAUCUUUCCAAAUUUAAUCCCAAUACAUGUCAUUGGCUCUUGACUUUGUCAAUAGUGGCACUUGGGUGUCAUGUUUCUCACAUUCCUGAGGUCGAACAGUGUACAACUGCCCUUCAUGAAUUUAUUCGACGGGGUAUUCAUGUUGAGAAAGAAAGGCGUGGCUCUAGUAAGGCUUCUCUCGAGUUAUUGCAAGCUAUGUUGUUCAAUUGCAUUGGACUUUUCCAUAGUAGCAGCGAGCGUGAAAAAUCCUCUGCCUUGAGCACUUUUGGUGACUUGGUGUCGCUCAUGAAGACUUCACGGUUAUUGGCACCGACGAGAAUGAACUUCAAUGUGGCGCCAGCAGAAGUAGCAUGGUCAUCCUGGGUUCAAGAUGAGGUCAGGAGACGCACCGGCUACUGCGUAUGGCUCGUGGAUUGUACACUCGCUUAUUACUCUGAUGACCGACCCCUCCUUUCGCUAGAUGACGGACAAGCUGCUCUGCCCGCUCAUGAAACACUGUGGCAAGCACACUCUGCAGAGACAUGGAAGUCACUGUGGGAGAAGUCAACCCCCAAUGAGUCAUUACACGACGCAGUACAUAUUCUAUACAUUGAAAAGAGAGUUAUUUCUGGGAUAGGAGAAUUCAGUCAUAUCCUGCUUAUCCACGCUCUUUAUCACCGACUGUGGGAAGUAGGAGACUACUUCCGGCGACCUUUAUCGUUCUGGAACCCGACCGCAAAAAAGCAAUCUCGCGAGACUGCCAUCCCCACAGGCUCAGUAUGGCUCCCAGGGAUCCCAUCAUACUCCAAAUGGAGAAACAGCGCAUGCGACUGCCUCGAUAUCCUCCACUGGACCGCUAAUAGCACAGUCGCCAAAGCCGCCGGACUCGAGCACCCAACUGUUCUCCACCUCCACGCCGCUCGACUCUUUCUACUCGCCCCGUACCGUGAAGUUCGUUCCCUCGCAACCGCCCUCGCAACAGAGAAGCUGCGCUGGAGUAAACGACACCAGUCCCUCGAGUGGCAGUACGUCUGGCGCUGGAUGAAACACGACCAAUACAAAGCCCGUCUAUCAAUCAUUCAUGCAGGUGUCACCCUGUGGCAUGUAAGGCGCUACUCAACAAACGCAUUCCACGAGCCUGUUGCAGCUUUCAUUGCGGUGCUUACGCUGUGGGCGUACGGAUCUUGCCAUGGAAAUACAUCUGUCGAGUCGACCCCACGUUCGGAGCCCCUCCACGAACCGAGUUUCGUUCAUCUCGAUCGGCCAUGUGAUGACGAACUCGUGCAGCUCUUUGUUCGGGAGGGCCACGCUAUGAGAGGGAAUGUCACUGGUGUUGGUGAUAUUUGUGGUUCUGAGGGCCCAGAAAGGGUCUUGCGCGUUGGAUGUGAGAUUCUUUCGGGCUUGACCGCAUGGAGUGUUUCGAAGAAGUUCAUGGCUAUUUUGGCUAGACUUGCGGAUUUGAGCUCGUAUCAUUCGUCUUUGGAGCAGAAUCGCAGACCUGAUGAGCAUGUCUGA